CAUUGUGAAUCAUAAAAACCUCACAAACACCUUUCUUAAUUUGAAAAUUCUCUCUCUCUCUCUAGAAACUUCAAAGUCUCUUGGUCUUGUUUAUUAUCUUUACUUUUCAUCAUGAACUCGAUGUUCAGUGCCUUCGACGCCCUCUUCGUAGAGCUUAUGGGAAAGAAUCUAAUGGUUUCUUCGCUUAACGCUACCUCCGCCGCCACCCCCAAACCUGCCGUACUGCAAACGCAAAAGCAGGAGGAAAACGCAAGCAAUAAGAUGGGUUUGGUGCAGAAGACUCCGAGGUUUGCUCUGGAGCUCGACGGUCUCCACUGCUUUGAGACAAUAGUCCGUUCUUGAUUUUGUUUCUUAUUGAGACGUUCUUGCUUUUGACCUCAAGAUCAAGAAAUAAGUUUUCUGAGAUUGUUAUUUUUUUGGAUUUAUUCAUUACAUCAUUUGAUUGUGACUAUAAAUUUUGUAAUAUUGAUUGAUUUUAUCGGUAUAUAUACAUUUAUAGUUUAUUUUA